AUGGCCCCAGUUAAGCCGCAGAAACCAAAAUCGAGCUCCAGCGCCAAGGGCGCAAAGCCCUCCAAGUCGUCCAAGCCGAAAGGCCGCGGUUCCACCCACAACCCUACCGGCACGGCCAAGCCCAAACCCUCCAAUCCCGCCAAGAAGAAGCAGAGAGUCUACACCGAGAAGGAGCUUGGAAUCCCGGCGUUGAACAUGAUCACGCCUGCGGGCGUGCAGAAGCCCAAGGGCAAGAAGAAGGGCAAGGUCUUCGUCGACGACCAGGAGAGUAUGAUGACUAUUCUUGCCAUGGUCAAUGCAGACAAGGAGGGGCAGAUUGAGUCUAAGAUGAUGAAGGCAAGACAAAUGGAGGAGAUAAGAGAAGCUAGGAAAAAGGAGGCGGAAGCUCGUCAAGCGGAGAAGCGCUCGAAACUUGAGGAAACGAAGGAGUCACUUCGUCGGAAGAAGAAGUCCAAAACGAAUGCUGCGUCUGACGAAAGCGCCGCGGCCCCCGCUAAGUCUACGAAGCCUAGCAAGAAGAGGGUGUCUUUUGGUUGA